UUUUAGGUGCUUUAAUAAGUGGGAAAUAGUGGAAGAUGCCAAUUAGAAAGGUGGAAACUGUUCAGUGAAUUACAAAAAAGAAAAAGAAAAAUGGAUGGGAGCGAAGGAGUUGAGUUAAGUAAUAAACCCGAAAUCCUGGUUGAGAGCAGGCGAGAUUACAUUGGUGCUGAUGAGGAAUCUGAAAAGGAUUCAAGGGAAAUGGCUAGGAAUGAUGAAGAGCUUGACAAAUGUGAAUCGCCGAAACAAGAAGUGGAUGCUCACAUUCUUCGGCAUGCAAUACAAAAGCUUUACAGUGAUCCUUCGUUUGCGGUCAUUUGUAGUUUCUUCAACAAAUUCGCUGUCUUCCUAGGCUUAAAGCCACAGUGUUUCACCAAAAUGGAGAACAUGUUUACCAGUUUUCACGUUACAGGCAAAGUUGACCGGGAUUUAAUCGAUUUACACUUAAUGUUGAUGCGAAAAUUAACGUUUAAAUCAGCAAGAUUGGAAGUGUGGGAGAAAUAUCUCCUGAAAUUCUGCUCUCUUGUUCCAUCGUUAGAAACGGAAUACCUGCAAUUGGAACGAUACGGCUAUUUGCACACAACUGCAGCCACGAAACUUGCAAUUCUAAAGGCUUUAUGUGAAAGUCAAUUUGAUUUCAAUGUUAAAUUCAAAGAAAGUCUAUUAAAUUCUUGUGCAGCAAGUGAUUUGCGCCUUUUGCCUAUCGGCUAUGACAAAGAAGGUCUCGCUUAUUCGUAUCAGCAGGAUGCUGAUUUAGUUAUUCGCAUAUAUUCAGCCGAACAGGAUGAUCAUUCAGGCGGGUCAUGGAAUCUUGUUGCCAAGUGUAAAGAAGAACUUGAAAAUUUGGUUAUGGAAUUAAAAAAUAGACUUGCUUCAAAAUAUUUAUCCAAUCUGCUAAAACAGCAUGAAGAUUCAUUAGCUCUGGUUCAAGGUGAGACGGACGAGCAAACUAAUGUUCUAUCUACAUUUACAACAAAAAGAGGUGCUUUACUAGACACUUAUCAGGACGAAUCCGCAAUCAAGAGAAAACUGGUGAAACCGAGUCAAAUGAGGAAGAAAGCAGAUGUUGAAGAAGCGUCGAAAAAAGAAAAUAGUGCACCUCCAGUAGAAAUUACGGAAGAUAUUCCCGAUGAAGUAAAACCAUUCCUAGAUCGUCGAAUAUUACCGCGCAGAAGUGCUCGCAGUGCUGCAAUAAAUCAGUUGAAGGAGUUAACUGCUCCGCUGAAACCUCAGUGCGGGAAAAGGAAAAAUCAGCAGAAUAAGAAGCAAGUGGAAGUAGAAAAUGCAAAACAGCUGAAAAUCCUUGAUAAAAAUGAUGAUCAGGGUGAUAGCGAAGAUAAUGACGAAAAUGAAAAGGAUGAUAAUGACGUUGAUGAUUUCAUAUUAGCAGAAACCUCGACCUCUUCCGAUGACGACUUCAUGCCGCUUUCCGAACUGAAAAAGAAGAAUCAAAACUCAAGACGUCGUCGGGGCAGAAAAGCAAUUGUGGAAAAAGAUCCUUUUGAAAUGAUAGAAUCGGAAGAAGAUGAGGAGAGUGAUGACAGUCAAGAAAAAAAAGCCAAGAAAGAGCGAAAAAAAGCUACAGAAGAAACACUUUGCAUGAAAUGUAGUAAAAGCUCAAAUCCAGAAGUGUUGCUGUUAUGUGAUUUAUGCGAUGAAGCUUGGCAUACUUGGUGCUUACAUCCAAUAUUAUGGUACGUGCCAGAUGAUGAUUGGUUCUGUCCAAAUUGUCAGCAAGCGAUGCUGAUUGAAAAGUUUUCUAAAGUGCUGACUGUACUUGCUGAGCAAGUGAAGCGCAAAGCUGCUGAAGACAAGAAGAAAGAAGCAGCUGCAGAGAGAUUGAAGCGCGAGAUGGAGUAUAUUGGCGCAUCUUUAAAUAACAUCAUUCAUACGGUAAGAGAUACUAAAGUGGAAAGUUCUGAAUCAUCAGAAGAAUCGGGUGAAGAUGACGGUGAAAGGAAAUCAAAAAAAAAGCAAUCCGGUAAAUUUACUUAUCAGCGUCUUGGUGUCCAUCCACAGAAGCCGAUUAUUCCAAUAGCACUUUCACGAUCAAGACGUCACGUAGCUAAAGUUGACUAUAAAUUUGGCGCAUACGAUGAGUUAAUCCAGGAGGCCGUGAAGAAUAUAGAUGAAUCGGCAGCAAGGCAGAUGAGUCCAGGCAGUGUACGACUGAAAGGUGGAGCUGGACGCGGUAAAGAUAUGUCAAACAUCAUAAACGCUGAAAAUAAACAGAUCCCAACAGGUGUGGAGGAUAGUUACCAGAAUGAUGGCCUCGAAAGCCAUAUAAGAAUACAAUCAAAAAUUGGGAAACCGGUUAAAAGUCGUCAUCGAUUGAAUGAUCUAAAUGUGGAUGAAAUGACUGAAUCCGAUACUGAUGAAUAUCAAGGAAGCGACACUGCUUCUGUUUCGGAUCCAUCAGAUGACACCGAUGAAUACUUGCCUUCGGAUGCUUCGUGUAGAAGAAGAACAACCAAGCGGAAUUAUUCUAAUAAACGAACUCAAAGUGAUGAUGAUUUUGUCGUUUCUGGCUCCGAAAGUGAAUAUGAACCAGUAAGAAAGAAAUCUCAUAAGUCAAAAAAUACAAGAAAGAUAAAAGGGAAGAGGAAACGUGAAAAAUGGACAACCUCUGAUGACGAAGAUUCCACUUCCGAGGUGAGCGAUAAUUACCAAAGUGAAGAAAGUAGUAGUAGCAGUGUAGACAGGCGCGCAAAACGACGUACUACAACCAAGUGGGCACCACGCGCAAGCAGUUCAGAUGCGGAAGAUUCAGGUCAUUCAGUACAGAAGACUGCUACUGGAAGGCCGUUAAGGAAGGCAGUAGCGAAAAGACCGAGCCUGACAAUGGAUGAUGGUGAGGAUGAGGAAGAAGAGGAUGAAGAGAUGGAAGAGAGACUUAAAGUUAUUCGUCCGGUAGCUUCAGGGCGAAAAACUGAGAGUUCUGACGAAUUUGAACCAGAUGACGAGGAAGAAGAAGAAGAGGAGGAAGCGGAGGACGAAGAAACUGCUGACGAGAAAGAGAUGGAGAAUAAGGAGAAAACAACGGCAGUUGACGAUGAGAAGCAGAGGCAAAAUGAUGAGGAGGAAAAUGUGGAAGGAAAACGAAAAAAGUCUGUGAAGGUUGAGAAUGGUAUCGAAGUUAUGAAAGAAGCCACUUCUAGUGCGACUAAGGCUUUAUCCGUCGGCUGUCAUAAGAAGCAGACAGAAGAUACAGAUACGAAUGAUAUCUGUCCGUCGACUUCGAACGAUGUAAACGUUAUGGCUGAAGAUAGAUACCGUUGCCAGCUUACCAGUGAAACAGCUCGAAAGGUAAAGUCGGAGCAAAUGGAACAGGAGGUAUUUUAUGCUGCAAGCACAAAAACAGAGGAUUUAAAGGAAGUAGAGGUGAAAACGGCAGAAAAAACUACAAAUAUAGCAGUUACAAGCUCGAAUGUGACUUCAUUUGUUCCACCUUCAUGCUUUCCAUCAACCUCAGCAGAUCUCUCAUCACUAAAUCCAUCAUCGCUAAUGCAGCAGAUGGCUCGACUUGCAUCGUCGUCAGCUACACCAGUGCAGCAGUUUGAUCCGUCAAGUGCUGCGUACCGAGAAAUGUUGCAAACUGCAGCCCCUACGUUCAUCUCUAAUGGGGCUCCACUGCACAUCUAUUCGGGUCCGGCUCCAGUUACAGUCUAUCAAGUGCAACAGCCACCAUUAGUGAGGCCUCCUACAGGCAUGGUUCAACCCAGCAUUGGUCCAUUGUCGCAAGGAUGGCCACCCUAUCCACCUCCAAAUCCUUUUCCCACCAAUGCAGCAGCGCCACCAAUGGUCACUGCCACGACAAUUCCUUCACCAACGACAGAUUCUGAGACACUUGGAAACGUUCUUGCUUCCGCAAUGGAUUACUGA